GUCCCAACCCGGCAGUGACGGUUGUGCGACGUUGGGUUGGGGUCAUAAACAUGGCGUGGAGAGGAUAUUUUGUCAAAUGGACCAAAACAGAAUGUAUAAAUUCUGUCUCCACAGUUUCGAGAGGUAGCAGGUUCAACCCCCAGCAGAGGUGUGGUUUCCGGAAAGAAGCGAGGAAACCAGAGACAUGGAAGAGGGACCGUGGCAUCCCAGAAGAAACAGGCCCUCCCCCCUCUGAGGCUGCCGAUGCGAUGGUGUCUCGGAAAGCGGUGCACCCUAAAACAGGACCCCCACCCCCUGGCGCGGCCCCCAGGCGUACGGGGAAGCUGUUCAAGCCCUUUAUGUUCACAAUAGGGUUUACAGGGUGCUCCUUUGGUGCGGCCGCCAUCUUGCAAUACGAGUCCUUGAAGUCACGAGUGAAGACGGCCAAGGACGAGGCUGAGCAGGAGAAAAGCGGAAAGGCAUCGCAAGACAUGACAUACUGGCACAACUGGUGGAACCAGCUAACAGACUUCCAGAAACAGGUCAUCUUGCUCAUGUCCUUUGUGGAUGAUUUCUGGAGCAGCCUGACUGAGGGUCAGCAGAUGGCCACCGGGAUCAUAGCGGUCAAUGCUGUGGUGCUCUGCUGUUGGCGAAUACCCUCCAUGCAACGAUCCAUGGUCAAGUACUUUACUGCCAACCCAGCCUCCAAGACGCGGUGCCUUCCCAUGCUCCUCUCCACCUUCAGCCAUUACUCUAUAAUCCACAUGGCGGCCAACAUGUACGUCCUGUGGACCUUCUCCUCCAGCAUCGUCUCUCUUCUGGGGAAGGAGCAGUUCCUCGCUGUCUACCUCUCUGCUGGUGUGAUCUCCACUAUGGUGAGCUACGUGUGUAAGACCAGCACGGGACGCCUGCAUCCCUCUCUUGGGGCGUCAGGGGCCAUCAUGACGGUCCUGGCCGCGGUCUGCACCAAGAUGCCCGAGGCCAAACUGGGUAUCAUCUUCCUGCCCAUGGUCAGCUUCACUGCAGGCAACGCCUUGAAAGCGAUCGUUGCCAUGGAUGCAGCGGGUCUCAUUAUGGGAUGGAGGCUGUUUGAUCAUGCGGCUCACCUUGGAGGAGCCCUCUUCGGAGUGUGGUAUGUAGCAUACGGCCACAAGCUGAUGUGGAGGAAAAGGGAGCCACUGGUCAAGGCAUGGCACAGCAUGAGAUCUCAGGCCCCUGGUGGACGGGGCAGAUCUGGGGGUUCGGGCGGCGACGGGGGCAGACCUGGUCCUGUGUAGGACCCCCAACAUGCCACUCUGGGAAGUUGGCCCAUAACCACUGAUCAGGUGUCAGAUAUUCUUCACCCCCCCCCCCCCCCCCCCCCAAUUGGUUAGCAUUGGCCGUAGGGGGUAUCUGAUCCUAAACCUGUGGUUAGGGGGAAUCUUCUACCUCAAGAAGCCUUUUUUUGGUACUUAUGCCUGGUGAUAUCCAGCUGACAGCUGUGGAGGGCGGGACCCAGCACCCCAAACCUCUGUUCUUCUAAUUGGCGCGUUCCUCUGUCCAGGCGUUGCUGACGCAUGUCAUAUCUUACAACGUCUGGAUAGGUAUUUUAAGUAUCAGCCAACCACAUCAUAUGUUAUAGCAAUCUGGAGCUCGACGGCACGCAACUAUUGGUUGAUGCAUGCAACGUCUGAGCAGGGGAACUCAACCAAUCUAAUCAGGGAGAGUGGACAUAUUUGUGAUAUUUGUAUUUCAGACAGCACUCUAUUGUAACUAAGUCCUAAGGGAUGAUUAAUUUGGUUUGAUAAGUGGCUGUAAUCUAGUACAAAUGUUGGCGGCUUUAUCAUUAUGGGGUAGUUUCUAUGAAGAUGUGAGAUGUUACCAUAGAGAUAUUGUAUGUCUGUGGUUGAUACAGAGACUGCUUCCUGUUUGUAAGGAAGUGGUUAACGGAGAAUGACCGUCCUGGACUAAAACAACAAACUUCCUCAUAAGAACUUCAACUUCCUUGUAGUUUGUAGAUGUGCCGGCGCUGCCAGAGGUUUCUGAAAGGUUGAGGUGCUUAUAUCUUGGUAAAACAUUUUGUAAAUCCUGAGCCUUACACAAAAAGGUACAUAACAAAAACGCCAAAAAUGUCCUCAACACUGCUGUACUCAUUUCAUGGUACUCUAUUAUUAAAAAGGUCACCUUCAUCUUCA